GCUUCUUCCUCCCCUGGGAAGCAUGAGUCUAUUGGAACCUGGGACAGGAAGAAACCAAGACAUCUCCACUACACAACCCAGGCACUAAAAACAUGUCCCAAACUCUGAAGAGCCAGGACACAAACAUGAGCGACAGUGGCUACCAGGGUCCUGUGGAAGACUCUCAAAAGGAUUUGGAAAAUGAUCCCUCGGUAAACUCUCCUGCACAGGCCAUCACAGUCACACCGAGUAAUACUGAAGAAGCCCAGGCCCCACGUCCUACAUCUGAUCCUAAGGAAGAUCAUCAUGACGUAGGAGGGGCCAGUGAUCAAGAGCAUAAAGACACAGGUGACAAGUCAGAAAGUUCAGAGGAGACAGCUUUAGGAAAACACGGAGUGGGUAAAGCAGAGCAGGAGAGCAGCCCGAGUUCUGAGGGUGCAGAGCAUCACCCUUCCUCAGAGUCUCUGGGCAAAGAGGAUCUGGAUCCUAGCUGUGGUGCUGGCGCUGGCUGUGCCGGUGGAGGAAGCGGCAGCGGUGAGGAUGGUGUUGCUGGAGGAGCAGGGGCACACCUGGGGAGCAGCUCAGAAGCGCCCCCAGAGGGAGCCGGUCACAAUCAUGAAGCUGCCCAGGAGCCACUUGUUGCAGACUCCACUGAUGCCCAGAGUCCUGCCCAUUGCAGCGCAGGCCCUGGGAGCCAGGCUUCACUGAGGAGGCGACUGCCUGCGCCAGAGGCUGAGAGUCAUGAAGGAGAGACACAGUUAGUGAAGGAGGAGGAGGAGGAGGUCGCACAGGACACCUUGAGAAAGAACGACAGAAAGAGCGUCUGGGCCUAUGGUUCCAUAGUUCUCGGCUGCCUGAUAGUGGCUGUUGUGCUGAAGUCGGUCAACAGCUACUAUUCCUCCCCGGCACAGCAAGUGCCCCAGAACCCCGCUUUGGAGGCCUUCCUGGCUCAGUUUAGCCAACUGAAGGAUAAAUUUCCAGGGCAGAGUUCCUUUCUGUGGCAGCGAGGACGUAAGUUUCUCCAGAAACACCUCAAUGUCUCAAACCCCACUGAGCCAGCCACCAUCAUCUUCACAGCCGCUCGGGAGGGAAGAGAGACCCUCAAGUGCCUGAGCCACCACGUUGCCAACGCCUACACCUCUUCCCAGAAAGUGACAGCCGUCUCCAUCGAUGGCUCCGAGAGAGCCCGGCAGGACAGCGACACAGUCAAGCUGCUCGUUGACUUGGAGCUCAGCUAUGGCUUCGAGAACGGCCAUAAGGCCGCUGUGGUCCACCACUUUGAAUCCCUUCCCGCGGGCUCCACCCUGAUCUUCUACAAGUAUUGUGACCAUGAGAACGCUGCCUUCAAAGAUGUGGCCCUCGUGCUGACCGUCCUGCUAGAGGAAGAGACCUUAGAAGCAAGUGUAGGCCCCAGGGAAACGGAAGAAAAAGUGCGGGAUUUACUCUGGGCAAAGUUCACCAGCUCCGAAACGGCCAGCUCCUUCAGCCACAUGGACUCAGACAAGCUGAGCGGGCUGUGGAGCCGUAUCUCCCACCUCGUGCUGCCCGUGCAGCCGGUCAAGAGCAUAGAAGAGCGGGGCUGCCUCCUGUGAAGGCACGCACGGUCUGAGGGCUCGGCUCCUCUCGGAGGAGGUGGUUGGCACACGAGAGGAAGCUGCUGAGAGGCACGUGACCUUAUUUUAGAAAAGAGGCUUGCUUUUUUUUUUUUUUUUAACUUUUCCUUAUAUAAAAACUUUCUAGUCUGAACUUUGAUAACGCUAAUAAUUGGCCUGAUGUUUUUCUUUGGCUUUUAAAACAAAUCGGGUUUAAAAUAUAGCAGGAUACAUAAAACUGAGGGGUUGCUUGAAUGUCCAUUACGUCAGCAGAAUCAUCGCAGAGGAAGGUGUGGUUCUCGGGGGACCUGCAGCGCCACCACUGCCUUGCAGGAACUGAGGCGGUGUUUGGACACUAGCUGUAAUUUGAAUGAUUUUUAGAGAACUCAGCUACCACAUAAUUAUUUUUUAAAACUCUAAUAAUGCAGAUGUGGGGUUGCGUCUUAAACAGAUUUGCACUUUGAGUAGAUGAAAACGGGAGAUAGAAUUAUUCAACCCUCCAAAUCCUACCGAAGAACCUGGUGUGUGUGUAUGUUUUUAUUCCGUUAAUGAGCUGAGGUAAGAACAGCUGCAUUCAAGGACUGUUCCCAAAGUAUUGGAACUGAUGUAGAGAUUAUUAGAAAUCACGGGAAAUGAAAAAAAUCCCAGCUGGCUGCAUCACUUCCCUAUGCCUAUUAGCAGCCCUCCUUCCUAUGACAACGUCUCUGCUGUUGGCCGCUGGUAUUUGGAGUUCUCUUUUAAGAUGUCAGUGGACCUGAGAUUCACUCAGAAGGAAGUUGGAAAGCCACUGAUGGCAUGAAAGCACAUUCUAGAAGAGAGGACCUCGGAUAGGA